UGGGGAGAAUCCUUCGUUUCUUUCGCUCGAGCUGAAUUUUUUCCAGCUUCUUUGCUCCGAUAGGAUCUUGGACGUACGUGCCCAUCUGAUUGCAGCUGCAGCAAUUGUUAUUAAGUAUUUAGUGAAAAUCCGUCUGUGGGUUGCAUCAGUUGGAAGGCACGCCGCACUGAAUUAGUAAUCGUCGCGGACUCGCCAAGUGAUUCAUAACAAUUGCACUGACGUCUUUCGCACAAUCCGAUCAGUAUUUUCGUCAUCCGGAAUCGACAAACUGUCCAGUUCGUUGCACAUUUUCCUUGGAUUCUCACAUAAGCGUGCUAUGCUGCUGAAACGCGUUUGAACGUGAAACUCCAUCAGCUGACUGAAGCCUGUAUGGAGCCAUAGCUUCGCAUUCCUGUUAUCCGUCUUAUUUCUUUUAUUUGGUUUGCCCUGCCAGUGCGUGAUUGGAAGAGAGGAGAUUUGUGACGUUUUUAUUGUGAUAAGGGAAGCGAUCUGAAGAGAGGAUGGCGGUGGCGGAAGCGGUGCAGGAGGGCCUGUCGCAGCUGGGUCGCAGCAGCCUGAGCAGCGGGAGUCUGCUGCGCUACAGCGUCAGCGCCGCCACGCUGACGGCGCUCAGCUACCACGUCUACCGCGAGUACAACACCAAGAAGACCACGGGCCAGUCCUGGAAGGAGCUGGCCAGGGAGCGACAGCGCAACGCCGCCGCCGUCUUCUGCGGCUACGUGCAGGCCUUCCAGCACGGUCUGCGCACCGCGCGCGAGCACCUCCACGCCGGACGCGUUGACGAGGCCAUCGCCGUUCUGACGGGCUGCCUGCAGCAGUGGCAGUUCCGGAAGCAGACGCUGCGCGCCCUGAAACGCCACCUGCACCCCGAGUUGUUCGCGCGGCUGGUGAGCAGUCUGGUGGAGCGCCGGCUCUGCGACUGCCAGGACGUGCUCAGCCACCUGUCGGCCGCUGCGCCGCGGCCCCCCGCCUCCCGCGUCGGCCUCAACAUGGACCUCCAACCGCCCAGCGACACCGCCGGCAGGGCCUACCAGCCCCCGGCCGGGCUUCCCUAGAGGACACCUAGGGUGCUCCUGUUCCACGCUGCUGUUGCAGCGCUGCGUUUCUGGGUGUUUGUCAGUUGGCGGGUGAUAUUGGGUAUUUAUUGCUGCUUGGUGUCGUUUCCAGAUCUGUGAACGCCUGAACCGGGUUCCUGUUGCGUUGUGGUUGGUACUUGGUGAUGUUGUUGUUUCCGAUUCUCCCGAUAUGUUAUGGAUUGUAGUCAUUUUGGGCGGUAAAUGCAUUAUGAAAUGCUGCAUUGCGCGCAUUCAUCAUUAAAGAGCCUGGCGGGA